UAUUAUUAUUAUUAUUAUUAUUAUUAUUAUUAUUAAGGAUGACACAUUUAUCCCAUUAAACUUUCCUUUUACUCCAUGUCACCAGACAAUGAUCCAUAUAUUCAUAAUCCCAUUUGGGACCCCCUACACAACCUCAUAUGCCUGUUGCUGCUAAUCUCAUAUAAGUUUCCUCAAAGGAUCAAUUUCUUGGAUGUCCGACCAAAACAAGAACGAGAUCCUUCUGUCCAUUCCGUCAAAUUAUUCCACGGUGGGUUAGGUGAGUUCCACAGGACGGUGAACUCACCUAAAUUAUUCCUGUCCAUCCAGUCCCAGAUUAGCUUUUACAGUUUUACCUCCUAUUUUUAUUUGGCGAUCAAGCAGAAUGGAGAUUGGGAUCGGUCUUCGCUACUUGGCUGUUCCAGUAAUGGAUAACCCAAACAAACUUCUGUAUCCUAUCUUUCAAGGACCUUGUAAAUUCCCCCUGGAAUUCACUCCCGUAAUCUGUUCAAUAUUGUAGCUCCUGUUGCCUCAGGGGAGGAACACCUCUAAAAGAUCACCAUCAAGGAGAAUGAGAAUAUGAAUAACACCCUCCCUCUGGUGAUCUAUUCCUUCUUAAGUGAUUAACAAUGCCGUAGUACAUAGAAGCAUUUCAUUCAGAAGCAAUCUUAGAAAUGUGCAUUUAUAAGGUCUUCAUAGCGAGGUCUUUGGUAGCUAUUCCCAGGUGAUUUGGAAGAAUUUACGAAUAGAGCUGUACUGAUUAUGUAUUCUCUGGUGGUCACUUUCCAUUGGUGGAAAGGGGGUGGUGGGUGGGGUGAUAGGGUGAGGGGGUGAGAGGUGAUAAAUUCUGCAGAAACAAAAAUACCUGAUAAAAUGGUCAACUAAUCUAAGUACAAUGUAUGAAAUAAUCUGUUUUUACUGUCUUUGUUUUGAAUAUAUGGCUCUGAAUGUAUGGCCAACCAUCUCUGCUGCACCUCAUUCAGUCACACACUUCCUCAACCAGCACAGUACAUCUGAAACAGUUCUCAGCUCUACUGCAGCCCCUUAUCUGGCUGUCUUCACACCACUGAGUGUAGGUGCUGUCCUGCUCCUUCUUGUUGGUGUGUCUCAGGUUUUUUAUGACAGACUAAAGAGGAGCACUGCAGGCAAUUCAGGCUCAGUCAACUCUCACCACUCAUGUGGGCCACUCACAGGAAGUGCUGAGGAUGGAACAGACUAUGAAAAUAAUUCACCUGGAAAUCAGAAGUCUGUGACAAUGAGCCUGGACUACCAGAACGUAAACUUCAACACCCAGCAAUCAGAUUCAGUCUGCCAGAGCCUAAACUCCAACACCAACCAAUCAGAAUCAGUCUACCAGAGUCUAAAUCCAAACGCCAACCAAUCAGUCUACCAAUGCUUAAAAUCCAAAACUAACCAGUCAGAUUCAGUCUACCAGAGCCUAAAUCCAAACACCAACCAAGUAGAUUCAGUCUACCAAAGUCUAAACUCCAACACCAUCCAGUCAGAUUCAGUCUAACAGAGCCUAAAUCCCAACACCAACCAAUUAGAUUCAGUCUACCAAAGUCUAAAUCCGAACAAUCAAUCAGACAGUCUACCAGUGUUUAAAAACCAACAUCAAUCAGAUUCAACCUACGAGAGCCUAAAGUCAAUGCCAGCAAAUCAGAUUCAGUCUACCAGUGCCUAAAGCUGAACACCAACACAUCAGUUGUUAAAAACCAACAUUAACCAAACAGAUUCAGUCUACCAGAAUCUAAAUCCGAACAAUCUCAAAAAAUCUCGAAAAUCUCAGCAUCUUCAUCUCCGCCACCUCCAGCUCAGCCUCCUGUGUUUUAGACAGAGCCACAGUCUCCAAACCGUACAUCAUAGACAGUCUAUCAGUGUUUAAAAACCAACGGCAAUCAGAUUCAGCCUACCAGGGCCUAAACCCCAACAUCAACUGUACACAUUAUACUUUUCCCUUUAGAUUUGAUGUAGUUCAAUGACAUUUUCUUGCUCCAAGAGUAGUGCAAGAGCAAAGUUAACACUGACUUAAGGGUCAGGCCUCCUGAUAUUCAAGUCCUUGACUAUUUUGAGCUACAGUGGGAGUCGUGCGGUUUUAGAUUUACUUCCAGAUGUCGCUGUGUGUUUCAGUUCUCCACUGAAACUUUUUUUUUUUUUUAAUCUUACGUCAUCUUGCAAAUACUGGCAAAAGCUGUUCAUAAAUACUCAAACUUUGCUUAUGAAAUAUGUAAUAUGAAAUCAUUCAAAAGCUCAUAAAUGUUUUACGAAGCCACUGUGUAGGUAGCCUUCCUACAACAUGUUGACAGAGAGUGUAUAUUGAACAAUUCUGUGCUGCUGCAAAUCGGGGCAUUUUUUAUGUAUAAGCCUAAGAAACCAACUUUAGCGUUGUUCUGAUACUUGUGGUAUAGACUGUGAAGCUUCCUCAUCCUCAUUCGGUCUCUCAGUGUCUUAAAUCCUACAUCUCUUCUAGGAGUUCUAGUAGUUCAUCCAUAUAUCUUGAAUUAUUUAUUUAUAUGUAUGUCCUGAUAAUGUGCUCAGUUUAUCCAUUUGGAAUGUUAUAAAGUCAAUUAUCGCCUGUUUUUAUUUACCCAACAAAAUACUCAGGGAUUUAACUUAUAUUUUUGUUUAUUGUGCAAUAAACAUGUUUUCAUACAUCUUG